UGCACCUGGACUGAAGGCUGCCUCGUCUGCCUCCUCGUUAUAAAUGUUACUCAUCAUCUGCCUGCAAUGGCUCUUUGGAGAAGUAUCCUCAUCAUCAGUCACAUUCUACCUGUGGUGAGGACUUUAAACUUCAAGUUCUUCCCAUGUGACACUGAUGAGAACGGCACCACGGUGGACUGCAGUGAGCGACCGCUCAGGAACAUCCCCUUCGAGUCCAGCACUGUGGAGUCACUUGAUUUGAGUAGAACAAAGGUACUGAAAGUGGACCAGCAUUCUUUGGCACGUGUCCCAAACCUCCACACUCUGAAAAUAAUGGACAAUUGUCCACCGGGUCGAAUGAAAGACGGCAGAUGCAAAAUGGACAUCCAGUCCACUGCCUUCAAGGGCCUUAACCUCAAACAUCUGUACUUGUCUGGCAAUAGCCUCACCUUUAUACCCUGGUUACCUAAAACCCUGAAAGUCCUCGAUCUCCGGAACAACCACAUCUUCCAAAUUACCCAAUCUUUGAACACUUCAAAUCUGGAAGCGCUCUUCCUCAGCGGAAACUGCUUUUAUGCAAAUCCUUGUAACCGCUCCUUUUACAUCAGUGAGACAGUUUUCAGAGGGCUCCCUAAACUCAAAAACCUCACAUUGGGCUACAAUAACUUGACAGCUAUCCCUAAAGGACUCCCACCGUCUCUGGAGAGUUUGGAUUUUAAAGAGAACACAAUCCCAGAGAUCUUAGACGGAGCAUUCGCUAACUUGACUAAGCUCAGGUAUUUGAAUUUGGAGUGGAACUGCCAGCGUUGUGACCAUGCGGCCAGGCCCUGUUUUCCUUGCCCUAAAAAUCACCCGCUAAAUCUUUCCUCAAACUCACUGUAUGCCGAGAACAGCUCCAUCACCUACUUAAGCCUCAGGGGCAACUCCCUGACAACAUUUCCAGAAGGUCUUUUCAGACCUUUGACGAGGUUAAAGAGGUUGGACCUCUCUGACAACCUUCUGGCAUAUGUGAUACAAAAUGGCACCUUUUUCAAGGAGUUGAAGGGCCUAACCUGGAUUAGCCUUAUCUACAACUAUCAACCCCUGAAGACAUUUUCUGAACUGUUCCUGUCCCCACAUAUUGGUGAUAUAUCCGGUCUACAGUAUCUCCUCCUGAGUGGGAACUUCUUCCACAAGCUUUCGCAUCAGAGCUUUGGAGUCCUGUCCAAACUCCAAAAUCUAACAAAACUUGAACUGAGGAUGAACUUCAUCAAUCAGUGUGACUUGUCAGCUCUGACAACAUUACCGUCUCUCAUUGACAUUGACCUCUCCCAAAACAUGCUCGCUUUCCUUCCUUGCAGCUCAGCUCCGUCGCCUCUGACAAAGACUGUGGCGCAGAAAAGCUCCUCCAAUCAGGACUUGUAUGUGCACGAAUUCCACGAGCAACCCGUCGUCAUAAGAGAUCGGGAAGUCGCGGCUGGAAAUGAGAUCUGGGAUCCCGACCAAUCAAAUGUGCUGGAAACUUUCCAGAGCUGUGGUUCGCAGUUUCCAUCACCAUGGGACUUUAGAACUAAUUUCUGCCACCGUAAAUUAACAUUUGACCUUUCGCAAAAUGAAAUUAUAUCCCUUAACAAAAAUGUGUUUGUCGGCAUGGAGAAGGCCGUUUGUCUUGACCUUUCCUUCAACUACAUGAGCGAGACGUUGAGGUACGGGCAGUUUAGCAGCAUGAAACAUUUAGUUUUUCUCAAUUUGUCGUACAACAGACUUGAUCUUUAUCAUGUCGAUGCUUUCAGUGAGCUGAACAGGACUUUAAAGGUGUUAGACAUUAGUAACAAUAAUUUCCACUUCAAAAUGAGGGGUAUGGGCCACCAUUUUGGGUUCCUUCAAAAGCUGACCAACUUGGAAGUCCUAAACCUGGCAAAUAAUGACAUUGGGAUGAGAAUUGAUCGAAGGCUGAGCAGCAGCUCUGUGAGGUACCUCUACUUCAACGGCAAUCACCUGGACAUCAUGUGGGAAUCUGAUCAUACCAUAUACACCCAUUUCUUCCAAAACCUGACAAACCUCACAUACCUGGACAUCUCUGAUAACGAUUUGAUCUCCAUCUCACCAAAAGUGCUGUGCAACUUUCCAGGAAGCAUCCAGGCCCUCAGGAUCAGCGACAACAUGCUCAAAUAUUUUCCAUGGCAGAACAUCUCGGCGCUCAGCAGUUUGUGCUACCUGGACCUCAGCAGCAAUUUUCUCUCUUAUUUGCCCAAAGAAGUCGUAGAUUUUGGAGCCAAUUUUAUUCUUUUGGAUCUCAGUUUCAAUCGCAUCUCCUACAUCCCUGAAGAGUUCUUGAUAAGGGCAAAAUCCCUGCAGUAUCUCUACCUCAGCCACAACCAGAUCAAAGAGUUGGACCAUCAGUAUCUCCCAGCUCCUCUCAAAAACGGCAGUGCCCUCAGAGAACUCACCCUUCAUGCCAACCCCUUCAAAUGCGAUUGCGGUACUUCUUGGUUUGCAGACUUUUUGGGCACUACCUCGAUAAAGAUUCCUUAUCUCACCACUCACAUUCACUGUGAGUUCCCAGAGUCCCAACAAGGCAAGAGCAUCUUAUCUGUAGACCAGCGCUCCUGUCAGGACGGCGGCAUAGCUUUUUUGGUGUGUUCCUUCUUAACUGUGAUGUUCACUGCUCUGCCUCUGCUGAAGCAUCUGUACGGCUGGGACAUGUGGUACUGCUUACAGCUGCUGUGGGCAGGACAUAAAGGUUAUUCCCAGUUGGCCGGCACCGACUCACACAAUCACUACGACGCAUUUGUUGUGUUCGACACCACGAACAAGGCGGUGAGCGAUUGGGUUUACAACGAAUUAACUGUCAAUCUGGAGAACUGUGGCCACAGGAGAUUUAGUCUGUGUUUGGAAGAGAGGGACUGGAUCCCUGGACUUUCAUGUAUCGAGAAUCUUCACAAUGCCGUCAACAAGAGUGUGAAGACGGUGUUUGUGCUUUCCAGCGUGGGGGAGACAGUGAAUGGUCUGAUCCGUCAGGCUUUCUUCAUGGUUCAGCAGCGACUUCUGGAUGAAAAGGUGGACACAGUGGUGCUGGUUCUGCUGAGCGAGAUGUUUCCCAAGCUCAAGUACCUCCAGCUGAGGAAGAGGCUCUGCAGGAAGUCCGUGUUGACGUGGCCCAGGAACCCACGGGCACAACCCCUUUUCUGGAACAGGAUGAGGACGGUGCUGUCGUCCGAUAACCUGAAGUUAUACGACCAUAACAUGAGCGAGAGUUUCAUAUGACCGAGGUGAACCUUGACAUGACGCACACAUGAGAAUGAAGAGCUGUUUACUUGGCUGGUAACAAAUUCUUCAUACAUUUAAAUAAUCAAAAAUGGAGAAACAUGAUUUCCAUUUAUAAACAGGUAUAAAACCUUUUUUUUAUUACAAAAAUGAAA